AUGGAAGAUCCAAAAUUAGAGAAACACUUCAAAAGUCAUCGUAGUACUGUUACAUCUCUCAGCUUCUCACCGAAUACGAAACAACUAGUAUCUGGCAGUUUGGAUGCAUGUCUCUUCUUAUGGCCAUUUAAACCACAAGUUCGAGCUUAUCGGUUCGUCGGCCAUAAUGACGCGGUUCAUUCGGUUUGUUUUUCACCGUCAGGUCAUCUGAUUGCAUCUGGUUCCAAAGAUAAGAAAGUUCGUCUUUGGAUUCCGAGUGUCAAAGGUGAAUCAACUGUUUUUAAAGCUCACACAGCUGCUGUGCGAUGUGUUGAUUUUGCGAGUGAUGGUCAAAGUUUACUGAGUUCAUCAGAAGAUAAAACAAUUAAAAUUUGGACCGUUCAUCGACAAAAAUUUCAAUUCUCACUCAAUCAACACUCGAAUUGGGUUCGAUGCGCAAAAUUCUCACCUGAUGGUCGAUUGAUUGUUAGUUGCAGUGACGAUAAAACAGUCAAAAUAUGGGAUCGAAACACCAAUGAAUGCAUGCAUACGUUCUACGAACCGCACGGCUUUCUCAACGAUGUUGCAUUCCAUCCAAGCGGAACGUGUAUUGGCGGAGGAUGUACCGAUGCAAGUGUGAAAAUUUGGGAUAUUCGAACAAGAAAAUUGAUUCAACACUAUGCAAAUCAUGUAGCGUCGGUAAAUAGUGUCGCUUUCCAUCCGAAUGGAAACUAUCUUUUAUCAGCAUCGAGUGAUGCAACGUUGAAAAUAUUCGAUUUAUUAGAAGGACGUCUUAUUUACACUUUACAUGGACAUCAGGGGCCAGCAACAAGUGUUGCGUUUUCUAAGCAAGGCGAUUUUUUUGCCUCAGGCGGUCAAGAUCAGCAAGUACUUGUUUGGAAAACGAAUUUUGAGAGCGCACCUUCAUUUGCUGAAUCAACUAACACAACGAGUAAUAAGUAUACAAAUGGCAAUGAUACAUCAUCAAAUGAUUAUAUUCCAUCCACAAGAGUUUCGUCAUCUACUAAUCAGCAGAAAAAAGCUCAGAUCUCGUCGUUAGGGGAGAAAUCUCAGCCAGAGACGAGCGAUGAACGAGGAGCACGCAAAAUUGAUGUGUUCAAUGGUAAAUCAGCAUAUCCAACGUAUGGCGACGGCGAUCGUCUUGAAAUAACAAAUAUCGGUCCGGCUUAUGAAAACGGCAUAUCUCGAUCGAAUAGUGCAUCAGCAUGUCUAGUAAAUUCUGAACCAAUGACCAAUGCAAUAAGUAAAAAUAAUAAUCGUACGACUUACGGUACUCAAAGCAAUGUUAAUCAAGCUUAUGCACCCCAGUUGACCAAUACACUUGAACAUAUUGUUCAACAAUUAGAUAUUCUAACCAAAACAGUAGCUAUUCUUGAGACGCGUCUAACAAUGACUGAAAUCAUUCAAUUGAUAUUGGGACAAAGUUAUAUGGCGGCAACAGACAAUCCUGAAUGGUUUAGUACAAAACAAGUUGAUAAUAAUUUAUUUUUAACGAACGAAAAUCAUUUUUUCGAAGGCAACCGUGCGAAUAUUUGGCUUAUACGUGGCGUAGCACGUGACUUAAUCAUUGAUUGCGGUUUGGGCGUUUGUAAUUUGAAGAAACAUUUCGAAAACCUUAAUAUACUUGAUAAAGAUCGUGAAUGUCUUGUUCUAUGUACACAUUCUCAUUUCGAUCAUUGCGGAGGUGCGAAACAUUUCGAAAAUGAUAGUCAAAUUCUAAUUCAUCGAGAUGAUUAUCAAGGCUUGAGAGAUGGUCGGGAGAAAGAUACAUUAAACUAUGUACGAUCAGCGCAUUUUGACCAAGCACCUUACAGAAACUUCUCAGCGCGUGAAUAUCGAGUUCCGGCAACGAAGUGUGAAUCAAUACUGGAUGGUCAUCGAAUUGAUUUAGGUGCAGAUGAUGAAAUCAUCGUCUCGCAUGUACCUGGCCACACAGCUGGUAGUGUCGUUUGUUAUUAUCCAAAGACGAAGUCACUGUUCACAGGUGAUUUUGUCUAUGAUUGUGUUCAUGGUGAUGAGUUAAUAGAUUGGGUGCCAACAUCAUCGGUGCGCGAUUAUUUAAGAAGUGCCAAUCGCAUGAUUGAUUGGUUAGAAGAACAUGAUAUUGAGAAAAUCUAUCCUGGACAUAGUCGAAUAUUUACUGACAAGAAACGAGUUCAAGAUAUUCUUCGAGAAUAUAUCGAUUCGAAAGAUGAUUGUUGUAGCAAAGCAAAAGGAUCCUGUAUGCAAACGAUGGUCAGUGGCUUCUUCAAAAUGGGCUGUUUUCGAUGCUGUCAGUGUUAA